GGGAGGGAGGGAGACAUUUAUUGGGAGUCGCUUUUUAGGGUUUAGUUCAGUUGCUGUCUCUUUUCCUGGGGAUCAUGACGGCGUCUCUCGACUACCUGGUGGCUUUAUUUGGGGUAACUACCGGGGCGCAUGGGAGGAGGCUGGGAUCUGAUGAGAAGGAGCUGGUGCUUUUGUUGUGGCAAGUGGUGGAUCUGACAAACAAAAAGGUGGGGAAAGUGCAUGAAGUGUUUAUCAAACCGAAUAACUUGGAACUAACAGAGCAAUGCACCGAAGAAACUGGGAUCACGAUGGAAAACCUGACUGCAGCAGAACCCUUAGAGGAAGUGCUCCAACAGUUUAAUCGAUCUCUGAGCAAUGAGCUGAACAUUGGAGUGGACACAUCAUUCUGUCUCUGUACAUUUGGGCAACUGCACAUCCGCCAAGUGCUUCAUCCCGAAGCCUGUAACAAGAAUGUCACGCUACCUGAAUGCUUCUAUUCCUUUUUUGAUCUACGAAAAGAGCUGAAGAAAUGCUGCCCAGGUUCCCCUGAUCUGCACAAACUCGAUCUCAGUGACAUUUCAAAACAUUUGAACCUUGAAGACAACGCAGAAAACAACAGAUUUGGUGUUUCAGAUAUUACAGCAACAAGCAACGUUAUAUUAGCAAUUAUUUCCGAACCUUACAAUCACAGGUUCACAGAUCCAGAAAGAAUAAAUCACAAAUUUGAAACUGGGACCUGCAGCAAAAUGGAGAUCAUUGAUGAUAACACAAUAGUCCGAGCUAGGGGCUUACCCUGGCAAUCAUCCGACCAAGAUGUUGCAAGAUUCUUCAGGGGCCUCAACAUAGCCAAGGGUGGUGCUGCUCUGUGCCUAAAUUCACAAGGAAGGCGGAAUGGGGAAGCACUUGUUAGAUUUGUUAAUGAAGAACACAGAGACCUCGCACUACAACGACACAAACAUCAUAUGGGGAACCGAUAUAUUGAGGUAUACAAAGCAACUGGGGAAGAUUUUCUAAAAAUUGCAGGAGGCACCUCCAAUGAAGUAGCUCAUUUCUUAUCCAAGGAGAAUCAAGUUAUUGUUCGCAUGCGCGGCCUUCCAUUCACAGCCACCACUGAGGAAGUCUUGACAUUCUUUGGCCCAAAAUGCCCAGUAACAGGUGGAAAAGAGGGAAUCUUAUUUGUCAAGUAUCCUGAUGGGAGGCCGACUGGUGAUGCCUUUGUAUCAUUUGCCUGUGAAGAGUAUGCACAAAAUGCACUCAAGAAACACAAGGAUAUGCUGGGAAAGCGCUACAUUGAACUGUUCAGGAGCACAGCAGCUGAGGUGCAGCAGGUUCUAAACAGGUACACCUCUGUGCCCCUCAUUCCCAUCGCCCCUGCCCCCAUCAUCCCUAUGCUACCUCAACCAUUUGUGUGUAAGACUAACAUGCGAGACUGCAUCCGUAUGCGAGGGCUGCCUUACGCCGCCAACAUUGAGGACAUUUUGCACUUCCUGGGAGAGUUUACCUGUGACAUCCGACCACAUGGCGUUCAUAUGGUGUUAAAUCAGCAGGGCCGGCCGUCAGGUGAUGCUUUUAUCCAGAUGAAGUCAACGGACCGAGCGUUCCUGACUUCACAGAGGUGUCACAAGAGAACGAUGAAGGACCGAUAUGUUGAGGUGUUCCAGUGUUCAGCUGAGGAAAUGAACUUUGUAUUAUUGGGUGGCACUUUAAAUCGAAAUGGCUUGUCCCCACCGCCAUGUAAGUUACCAUGUUUGUCGCCUCCAACCUAUACCACGUUUCCAACUCAAACAGCCGUGAUCUCAGCAGAAGCUGCAGCCCUCUAUCAACAGCCCGUGCUCCUCAGUCCCCGCGCUCUCCAGCCGUCGACUGCGUACUACCCAACAAGUGCUCAGCUCUACAUGAACUACUCUUCAUAUUACCCCAGCCCCCCUGGGUCUCCGACAAGCAUCAGCUACUUCCCUGCAUCGGCUGCUGCCUCCACUGUCCCUCCACAACUUGGCACCUUCGUCAGGAUGCAAGGGCUCGCUUACAACACAGGAGUCAAGGAAAUCCUUAAUUUUUUCCAAGGCUAUCAGAUUCCUCCUGAGUCUGUGCUGAUCAUGUGCAACUUAUAUGGACAGCCCAGUGGUGAUGCUUUUGUCAUGUUUCCAUCAUUGGAUGUGGCCAAACAAGCGAUCAUACAGAAGAACCGCCAACACAUUGGCAAUUGCGAUGUGAACCUUUACUUGUUGUGAAACAUGAUGUGCUGCUUAGAGUGGAAAGCACAGGUUGAAACCAUACUUACACACAAAUUAGAAUACUGUAACAAUGAAUGAAGUUUUUUUUAAAGGUAAACCUUUCUAACUGCAGAAUGAUGCCAUUUUUCACUAGCUCUUAGAAAAUAAGAAAACCUAGAUGUGUUAGCAGCAAGUAGCCAUUUUAUCUAAUUAGUACAAUCUAUAAUGUUCAACCUUUUACAUGAAUAUUAAAAGUUAGAUGUCAAUAUAUGUUGUCUAUAUACAGCCACUUCCUGGUCAAUCAUUCCCUCUAACACAAUCUAUACAAGGCUCUUCCCUGCUUAUCAUUCCCUGCAACACAACAUAUACAAAGCACUUCACGGUCAAAACCUAUACAAGGCUUUGCCCUGCCUAUCAUUCCUUGGAACACAACCCAUACAAGGUUUUGCCCUGCCAUUAGUUCCUGGAUUACAAUCGUACAAGGUUCUUCCUGCCAAUUGUUUCCUGUAAAAACAUAACCGAUAGAAGGUUCGUCACUGCCAAAUCAUUGCUGUAUUAGAACUUCCACAGGACUCUUCUGCCAAUCAUUCCCGUAAUGUAACCUCCACAGUGUUCCUUGCUUGUUAUAAUUGAUAUGAGUCACUUGUGUCCGUGCAACUUGUUACUGCAAUAGAAAACCAAUGCAUGUCAAUCAUUCCUGAAAAAACACUCCGGUAACAUACAAGAUUCUACCUACUAAUUAGGUGUCAGCCUGGCCCAGUUGGUAGCACUCUCACUUCUGAGUCAGAAGGUUGUGGGUUCAAGUCUAUGUUGGGACUUUGAACCCACAGAUAGAACUGUAUGUUGGAUGAGCACUGCAUUGUCGGGGUGUUAUUCUUCAAAUUAGACAUUAAAUCAAGGUGUUUGUUCAGGUGGACAUUAGAGUCCUCAGUUGUAAUCACAAGGGAGUUUCUCCUGGUGUCUUGGCUAACUAUCCUCCAGAUAAAAAUGUUAACUCUGCAAAGCCCUUUGAGAUGUUUUGAUGUAAUAAGGUGCCAUUGUCAAGGAUUACAAUCACUGCUAUAACACACUUACACAGAGCUCUACCUGCCAAUCACUGGUGCAAUCCAUCUAUCAUGGUUCCUUUCCUUCACCAAUGUUCGUGGAUAAGUGUUCAUUUUCCUGUUUGACAUUCAGAGAAUUGGACCUCAAGGCCCUGGCUCUAGCCUGGUUUUCUUUACCAUGUAUAAUAGGUGCAUCUGAGCAUUGCAUAAGAAAAAUCACAAAAAUAUAAAAUAAAAAUAUGUAAAGGAUGUUUACAAACAUAAGGUCAAGCCUAUUCUACAUGCUGCCGCUCCAAACCAAAAGAACAAUAUUGUGCAGAUGAUUAAAAGUGUUCUAGUGUGGUUUUGAUAUUUAGAGACCAUAGUGGUCAACAUUUUAUCUACUGAAGCCUGACAGGAAUACUGUUCCUAUUUACUUCAAUCUCUGGACAUCAGUAUAGUUGACUGGUCACUAAAAUGGUGGUCAAACUGGGAAGGCUAAAGACAUACAGUGGAAUAAGUAGAAUACAGAAAGUGUUAAAUUAAUUAAACUGAAUUAUUCUGUAUCUGAAAUGUUAUCUUAAACUGUGUAUUGCAUGCUUAGAUUGUAGAUUCAUAGAAUUCUUGUUUUUGCUGUUAAAUGCAGAAUUUCUGUUCACAUUAUUGGAAGUCAGAUAUUUCCACUUUAGUGUAUUUGAUUGUGGCAGAUAACUUGGAUAUAAAUUUUACUAAGAUUAAUGUCAAUAAGCACUAAAACGUAGAACGCCAUUUUAUUGGAAAGCAAUAGCUCAAGGAGUGCAAUACUUGAGAUUGGUUCUCUGUAUUAGAAUAUAAUAAUAAUCCUCAUUAUUGUAAUUCGCACAUUUCAAUUUUUUAAAGAUAAAUACUUAAAUACUGUAUAUGCAAACAAUUAUAUAUUUACCAGUACAUUUAUAUAUUAAAUUCA